AGUACCCAGAAGUCAGUAAAAAACAAUAACUCUCAUGGACCGAAACUGCUUGUGAAAGGUCUUGAAUAGAAAAGUCAGCCUACUCCUUUUGGCUUAGAAGGAAGAAUUAACUAUUGCGUGAUGUGAGAAAUGGAAACAUGUGGCGGACCUAUCUACGAACAGUAGGCCAACCUGCCCAUCAAGGGAGGUCCCAUGUACAAAUGCAUAACAGAUAUAUCUCUGUAAAACCUUCAAAAGGAAAACAAGCUACAUCGAUUUUCGAGCGAUACAUAUCUUAUAAGUAACGCUAAUUUAGAAGUUCAGCACAUUUUUAUUUUUUAUUUUCUUAUACAUCAGUCGAUGGAGAAUUUCACGCUGAUCAGAAAUAUUACCUUUUUUGCCUUCUCAGUGCACAUUUUCACGGAGAGAAAUUCGAAAUACUCUGAGGUCCGAACAUCGGGAAAAAUUUUUGUGUUUCGAAAAAGUUGAAUAUUCUUUCUCCUUUGUAUUUUAAAGCUUCCAAACGUUUUUUUGCGGACUUAGCAUUGAAAACUGAAUUAGGAAAUGUGUUUUGUGUUAAGAAGCGGAGCUCUAAUUCUUGUGCCACGCGAUCGGCCGUGAUCUGCAGUACAAAAAUAUGAAUCGCUUUUUUCUAAUUCAUCAUUUCUCAUCAUUCAUUCAAUCUAUGAUACAAUAGGUUCACGUCGAACGAAACUCUUCGCAUAAUUCUUUUGCUCCUCUCGUGAUGAACUAUAACGUUAAACUCUGUCAAUCAUACAUCGAUCAUACAUUUUUUAUUUUGUAGAUAUUCUUACCAUAUCAAUGUCGAAUUUUGGUAUCGAUCAAGCAUGUCCAAGAGGCUCGUCUAACUGUGAUGAUCAGCUGUGUAGUAGUGGAAAUUGCCAGCGUGGACAAAAAUUCAAGCAGAUUCUUGAUUGGCUUACAGUGGCAUCGAAAGCGCCCGAUUAUGCAAGCCAGAUAGCAGCAGUGGUGAAUACCAUUAGCACAGUGCCUAGUUCAAAGAAGGCAAUAACGAAAAACAAUCAGGAAACCUUUGAGCGAGUUCCAAGUUUUUCACCACCGCCUCCAGCUCAAAGAUUUACUACCACCAGUGCAACAUCACCCUCAUCUUCAGUUGAGCCUCCAUUGGCUAUAAGAAGCUUUUCUGCCGAAAGAAAGCGUCGAGAACGAACUGAAGAGAGUGAACAACAAAGGUCCGCGCGUCUCAUGAACGAUCGUCUGCGCAAAGUAGCGGCUAGACAAAAUGAAGACGAGAUACAAUAUAGCAUACAGCUUGCCGAUGAUCGACAACAAAAAGAAACAACGCGGCAAAACGAAGAUGAACUGCAACGCAACACACGUCUUGCCCGUGAUCGACAACAAAAAGAAGAAACACAACAAAACGAAGACGAGAAUCAGAGAAGUAAACGCUUGACCGAAGAUCGAUUACGCGCACAAGAGACUCGUGCCACAGAGAGCUCUGAGAAGACACAGGAACGCAUUCGAAGUGUCAGCGUGCGACGUCGACAUCGUUCAUUGGAAAACCAGAGUCGAGCAAAACCCGAUCGUCUCAACUGGCCAAGAGCAAUUCCAACUCAACAGAAAGAUCAAUGUCUUCAAGAUUUCGUCAACCAGACAUCCAUGUCGAUGUUAAAGCAGGCCGCGUGUGCUAUUUGCAAUAUCAGAACAUUCGUCGGUUCUAUACACGAAUACGAUAUGAAUCAAAUUCCCAACCAAGCGAGACUCAUUUGUCAUCCUGAUCUACUUGGUAUUAUUCCAGGCACAGGAAAUGUUCCGCAAGCUAACAAAGCAUGGGUUGGUGAUAUACCACCAGUACUUCAGCAUUUUUUUACAUUUGUUCAACUUCAACCAACAUUUGAUGAAGCUAAUAUCAAUAAGCUCCCUGAAAAUGACGUUCCAGAAUGUAUCUGGUCAACGAUGGAAAGAUUGGCUGAUGUCGCUGAAGCUGAAGCAGAGCGAGCUGGAUUUGUCGCUGAUCCAUUGACAGCUGCCGCUGAACGGAGCGAACACGGUGAAACUGAAAACAUUCCCAUGAGUACAAGUGCUGUGAUCGAUGUCAACGGGACCACUGUGACUUCUGAAGAUAUUAAUGGUCAUCUUCUGAGAAAGAUCAAAGGUGAUGCAGUCAGCCAAAUUACCUCUAUGGACACAUCCGAAGAAGUGCCCGAAGACGACGAAGUCGUUUACAUGAUUCCACGUUCAAAACAACCGGCGAAUGAUUUUUCAAAUCCUGAACUAUUGCCUGGUUUAUAUCCAACAUUAUUCAAGAUCUCAGCAAAUUUACUUCCGAUGUAUGAUAGGAAAUUGGUUCGAUGUAUAAUAAAUAAACAAAAAAAGCUCGUAGAUAUGGAACAAUUACAUCAAGAUUUAGAGAAGCAACCACCAGCGAUUAUGCCAACACCUAGUCCGUCGUUGCCAAACUACAAACGACGUUUCGCAGAAGAUAUCGUUCAGUUAGUCAAUAGUAAAACAUCCGAUGUACCAGACAAUGACGAGGAAAUCCUCCUCGAUGCCGAAGAGCAGUUUCUUUUACAGCCAAGUGAAUCUGCAACGAGAUAUAAUAUCUCUUUGUACGAUUACGUACGUUUUUAUCGCAAAAAGCUCAUCGAUGCCAACGAUCGAAAACAGUUCGAAGCACAAACAACAGCAAAACAAAAUGAACGAGAACAUCCAAAUCGUGGCCGACCACCAGUUGAACGAGAGUGUUUACUAAGUGGACAUCCUCAGGCAUCGUCGCACAUCAAUAUAAAACGGACGUCACCAAUCGUUCCAGUCGUACUCGGUCCGCCUAUACCUCGUCAUGACCGUGAAGAGACCCAAGAACGUUAUUAUCGAUCUACUCUCGCUCUAUUUGUCCCUUGGCGAUCGAUGUUCGAUAUUUGUGACCUUAAUCAAACUUGGAAGCAACCUUUUGAAAGUCGUCAAUCAAACAUCUUGCCUGAAUCGCGGAAAUUCGUCGAGAAUAUUCAGUUAUUGCACGAAGGUAAGAAGGAUCGAGAUGAACACUUGCAACAAGUAAUUGAAACCAUGCAAACAGAAAUCAUCUAUCAGCAGACUCACUCGAAUGAGAUGAACAACGAAAGUGACGAAGAGCAAGAAGAAAUCUUGGACGUUCUGGCCAGUAUCGAAAUGGAUGAACUCACGCAAAUUGAACGACCAGGAAUGAAGUCGGAAGAAAAGUAUUUUCAAAAGACAUUGCAAGCAGUUGACCAAGCCAACCGGUUCAUCCAUAUUCACAAUUCCGUUCUCGAUCGAUCUAAAUUGCUGAAAUAUACUAAGCGAUUCAAUGACGAACUAAUUUGUGAUCGGCAGUUCCUUAUUCAAGUUACUACUGAACUGAUCCAAUUGAACAAGAAAUGGCAACGUCAGAUUGCCGAAGAAAAAGAACAAAAACGGAAUGCUUGCAUAAAUGAAGAAGGCAACGAUGCGUUUGCAGUGCAAAGUGCCGCGGAUGCGGAUCAGUCAGUUACGAUGGUAGAACCUGCUAUCCUACUAAAUUAUGACGAUGAUGCUGUUUCUUGCGACUCUAUUUGUACACAAUCUGUCAAAGCAAUGUUGAUAAAUCAUGUAAUUUUUAAUGUAAAAACUUAUUACUGUAAAAAAUAA